AUGGCCUCGGGUUUAGCUGUGAGCAAGGAGGGCCUCUUAAUUCCCCUCAUUGACUUCUCACGCUUCCUCAGCGGAACUCCUGUGGAGCGCAAUGAAACGGCCAAUGCCAUUCUUGACGGGUUCAAAACAGCUGGAUUCAUCUAUCUCAAAAACCAUCCCAUCCUUCCAGAAGACUUACAGCAUGCAUUUGAUCUAUCAGCCCGUUUCUUCAAUGAACCUUUGGAGAAGAAGAUGGAGGUAGUCUGGACAACUCCAGAGGCAAACCGAGGCUAUUCAGCCCCUGGACGCGAGAAAGUCAGUCAGCUCAAGGAUAUUCAGGAGGUUGAGAAAGUGCGUGCUGCUUUGCCGGACUUGAAAGAGAGUCUUGAGAUUGGCCGUGAAGAUGAGCCCGGACAUCCGAAUAGAUGGCUUGAAGAAACCGGCGACCUUGUUGGGUUUCGAAAGGAUAUGCUUGGAUUCUUUGAGAAGUGCCGCCAACUGCAUGUGGAAGUCAUGAAAGCUAUUGCUGUUGGAAUGGGGCUCGAUGAUAGAUUCUUCGAUUCUUUUGUCGAUGUCGGAGACAAUACGCUGCGGCUAUUGCAUUAUCCAGCCGUUGAGUCCAAUAUCUUCAAAACGAAGCCAGGCACAGUUCGAGCUGGUGCACAUAGCGACUAUGGAUCCAUCACCCUUCUCUUCCAAGAUGCUCGAGGGGGGCUCCAAGUCAAGAGCCCAACAGGGCAAUUUGUCGAUGCGACACCAAUCGAAGGCACAGUCGUCGUCAAUGCUGGCGACUUGCUUGCGAGAUGGAGUAACGACACCAUCAAGAGCACUAUCCAUAGAGUUGUUGAGCCACCGCAGAAGCAAGCUGAAUCUUACCCACCUCGAUACAGCAUUGCGUGA